AUGGUUUUGGAAGUAUUGCGUAAAGAGUGUUUGUUUGCUAACCUCAAAAAGUGUAAUUUUUGCACAAAUAAGCUUGUUUUCUUAGGCUUUGUUGUUAGUGCAAAAGGAAUUGAGGUAGAUGAAGAAAAGGUCAAGGCAAUCAAGCAGUGGCCUACACCUAAGAAUAUUGGUGAUGUUCGAAGUUUUCAUAGCCUUGCCAGCUUUUAUAGGCGAUUUGUAAAGGACUUUAGUACCAUUGUCGCGCCAUUGACUGAGGUGAUCAAAGAGAGUAUUGGUUUUAAAUGGGGAGAUGCACAAGAACGAGCAUUUAAUAUGCUCAAGGAUAAGUUGAUUUCUGCUCCUUUACUUGUUCUUCCUAAUUUCUCUAAAACUUUUGAGAUUGAAUGUGAUGCUUCAAGUUUGGAAAUUGGAGCCGUUUUAAUGCAAGAUGGGCGACCAAUUGCUUAUUUUAGUGAGAAGUUGAAUGGUGCAAGCUGA